AUGAAGUUCGAGAAAAUAAUAUUGUUUACGGACAGUCAGAUUGUCUUUGCAUGGAUCAGAAGCCAGUCCCGGACAUUCAAACCAUUCGUUUCUGUAAGAAUCGGAGAGAUUCAAAGUAACAGUGACCCAUCACAAUGGCGUCACAUUCCGAGCGAAGAUAACGUGGCGGAUGACGUCUCACGCGGAGUACAAGUCGAGCAGUUAGCUGGACGCUGGCAACACGGCCCAAAAUUUCUAUACCUGCCUGAAAGUGAAUGGCCACAAGAUGCAACUAAUAAUGAAAAGGAGACCAAAGAUGUCGAGAAGAUAACGUCAUUAGAAAGCCGGAAACAAGUGGUGGUGAAUGUGGCAACCUUAUCCGUUGGAAAAAUCAUUGAUGUUAAGAAGUUUUCAGAGUGGAGGAGACUACUGAGAGUGACCGUAUAUGUUUUGAGGUUUGUAAAGAAAUUGAAAGCUAGAAUGAAAGUAAGCGAAGGCGAGGAACGUUGCUCUGAAACAAACAGUGAUGUUAUUUUGCCUGAUGAGCUGGAUGCCGCGGAGAUAUACUGGAUACGGGAGGCACAACAAGAGAUACACAAGAAGUACAAAAGAGGCGAUUAUUCAAAUCUAAGUCCGUUUAUUGACAAAGACGGUGUUAUCAGAGUUGGAGGUCGUGUCGAUAAAGCCAUAAUAUCGUACGAGAUGAAACACCCGGUAUUGUUACCUCACAAACAUUGGAUAUCGCUUUUGAUUACCAGAUAUAAGCAUAAGCACGGUCAUUCAGGAGUUGCAGCUACCGCAGCGAAGACGAGAGUAAAAUAUUGGAUUCAGAGAGUUCAUGACCUGGCCAAAUUGGUGAAGAUGAAAUGUGUUACAUGUCGAGAGUUCGAAAGGAAGACAGAAAAUCAACUGAUGGCUGAUUUACCGCUGGAGCGUUUAAUGCCUUUUACACCCGCGUUUUACGUAACUUCCUGUGACUACUUCGGUCCAUACUUUGUUAAAGUUGGGAGGAACAAAUAUGCAAAGCACUAUGGAGUGUUAUUUACGUGUUUAAAUACUCGGGCAGUACACUUAGAACUUGCGGUCGACUGUUCUGCCAUGGAAUUCAUCCAAGUACUAAGAAGAUUCUUUGCCAUCAGGGGACAACCAACCAAACUGAUAAGCGACAACGGGACCCAGUUAACGGGAGCUGAGAGAGAGCUUCGCGAAAUGAUUAAAGGUUGGGACGUGAAAACGUUACAAGAAUACUGCGCGGAAAAAGGCAUAGAAUGGAGGUUCACAACACCGGCGGCACCACACCAUAACGGGUGUGCGGAAGCAUUAGUUAAAAGCUGUAAAUCAGCAUUAAAGAAGGCUAUUGGUGAUCAAAAACUAACGCCAUUUGAACUUUACACCGUUCUUCAAGAAGUAUCAAACUUGGUCAAUCAAAGGCCAAUUGGUCGGAUGCCGAACGAUCCAGACGAUGGAUCAUAUAUCUGUCCGAACGACAUGCUCUUGGGAAGAGCGUCGAGCCGUAUCUCCCAAGGUCCAUUUAAGGAAACUAAAAACCCUAGACAUCGUGUGGAAUUUGCUCAAAAGAUAGCAGAUUCCUUCUGGAGGAGAUGGACGAGAGACACGUUUCCAGCAUUAGUACCUAGAAGGAAAUGGGACUCACAGAAGAGAAAUGUACGAGUUGACGAUAUUGUGAAUGUUGCGGAUCCGAACUCGAUCAGAGGGAAAUGGUCUAUUGGCAGAAUUGUACAAGUAUACCCUGGGAGUGAUGGAAAAGUAAGAAACGUUAAAGUAAAAACCGCAACAGGAGAAUACCGACGGCCAAUAACCAAAUUAGUGGUUAUAUAUCCCGCUGAAGGAUAUGACAAUUAA